AUUGGACCUUUCUCUCUGGAAGUGUGAUUAGGAUAAGAGAAGAUAUCAGGCGUCUGGCGACUGGCGGUCCGCACUCCACAGUGAACUGAAGAAGAUGGAUGAGUGUUGAUAGCCGAAUGCUAGCAGCUAGUUAAUAGCUUAAGUAUUUAAUUGUGUUAAAUUGACGACCCUACAAAUCAAAUAUAUUAUGUAGAGUGUAUCAGUAAUGGUUUCAUAAUCUAUAGUAAUGCCAAAAUGUUUAUAUGAGUGUGUUCAUUUUAAUAAACAAGUGCGAUACAAUGAUAAUUGAUACAAGUUGACUGAUGCACGUUUAAAAAUGACGUUUUACAAACUCAAUAGUUUUGUUUUAUUUUAUUUUUGCAUUACCUCCCAAUUGACGAUUCAACAUAUAAAUGGAGCUAAAAAUUACAUUAAAGUGUUCCCUAAAGUGGGAGAAAAUAUAACAUUAAAUUGUGGAAAUAUCAUUUCUAAACACGCGGAUAUAUUAUGGAAAAUGAAUCACAAAGAAUUGCCAGGCCGAGCCAAAGUCUUGAAAAACGGAGAUUUGUUUAUAUCUACAGUAGAUAUAUCCGACUCUGGUAUUUAUAUUUGUGAUCUAGGGACAGCCAAUAACUAUGUUGGUCAUGCUCCGUUAGCAGAAAUCGAGCUAAAAGCAAUUAGUUUACCUGGGCCUUUGUUAGGUGUUAAAGUUAUCCCUUAUACUGUGCUAUUAUUUAUUAGAUGGGAAGCAGUAAAAAAUGAAGGUGAAUCUCCUGUCGCCAAUGUGACAAUUAGAGUUAAAGAAAUUAAUAACUCUAGUGAUAAUUGGCUAAUUUUUCAAACAGAUAUAACAAGUCUUCAGAAAGAAAUUUAUCAUUUACAACCAAACACAUUGUAUACAGUUGAAAUGUGGGCUAGCAAUAUAGUAGGAAAUGGUGAAAAAAAAGUCAUUAAUACUCAGACGUUAAGCGAAAUGUCCGAAGAUGAAUUGGAAAAACAUUUAUUAGAAGGAAUUGAUAAAUUUGAUACGAGGGCAUGGAUGUUUGCAGUUGUUGUUAUUAUGAGCACGUUCAGUAUAUUCGGAAUUGCAUUGUGUUAUUUACUAAUCAAAGACCCAAGAAUACAAAAAAGAUUGGAAGACGGUGAAGAUGUCGAGCGGAUUGAAUUGAUUCCAAAUAUCACUCUAAAUCCAGGUUAUUGUGAAACAUAGCUAAGGUUUGAAUACAUUGACACAGAUCUGUAAAAAAAAGGACCUAUAACAUACGUUUAGUGUGUUCAUGUCUAGCUCAGUUACUAUGUAUACGUAUGUAUGAUAUCAUAUUAUGACAUAAAUGUUACAAUCUACAUUCUAAAUCUUUGUUUUGACAACCUAAAAUGUUUGUUAACAAUUCUGAGAAAUUUAGACUAGAACUACUGGUCAAUCUGUGUUCAGUGUAUAAUAUUAAUUAUUGAUCAAUUUUAUUAACACAUCAUAAUAAUAAUGUUAGUAAAAACACACUAGAAUAAUAAUUUAUCAUAUUCGAUAAUUCAAACAUAAAAUGUGUAGACUUCUUCAAUUUAAUAUUUAAAAAAAUGCAACAUUCCAAAAAUUAAAAAUAAUUUUAAUAGUACACUUAAUAUAACAAAAACAUUUAUA